AUGGCCUUUGGUUUCCCCAAGCAUUUCAAUAUCCUCGCAACCUUAGAAACUAUAACACCAACUCUAAACCAACGCAACCUCCUCAAGUCCUUGACAUGUCUUGCCCGCUUCACAACCCACACAGAGGCCUCCGAGUUUUACUCUUCUCUCAUUCAACAUUGCACGCACACAAAGUCCCUAAGAGGCUUAGGAAUAGUUCAGACCCAUAUGACCAAAACCAGUUGCAUACAACUCUACAUAGCCAAUACGCUCAUUGAUGGGUAUUUGAAAUGUGGUAGCUUAAGCAAUGCACGUAAGGUGUUUGAUAAAUUGCGUCAGAGACAUGUAGUCAUUUGGAAUGCGAUGAUUUCUGCCUACAUUGGGCGCAAGAAGAGUAAGGAGGCUAUUGGGUUGUAUGGGAAGAUGAUGUUUGAUGGAGUUUUGCCUGAUGAGUACACGUUUUCGAGUGUUUUCAAGGCUUUUUCGGGUCUGGGUUUGGUGCAUGAAGGGCGGCGGGCACAUGGGUUGUCAGUGGUUUUGGGUCUGGAGGUGGCAAAUGUGUUUGUUGGUAGUGCUAUUGUUGAUAUGUAUGCAAAGUUUGGUAGGUUGGGGGAUGCAAGGUUGGUGGCGAAUCGUGUUGGGGAGAAAGAUGUUGUUUUGUUUACAGCGUUGAUUGUUGGUUACUCUCAGCAUGGUGAUGAUGGUGAGGCUCUUGAGGUUUUUGUGGACAUGAUUAAUCAUGGAGUUAAGGCUAAUGAGUAUACUUUCGCUAGCAUCUUGAUAACUUGUGGGAACUUGGAGGAUUUAAAUAAUGGUAAGUUGGUCCAUGGUCUUGUUGUCAAAUCUGGUUGUGAAGCUGCAGUGGCGUCACAGACUUCACUUCUGACAAUGUAUGCUAGGUGUGGAUUGGUUGAUGAUUCUCUGAGGAUAUUUAAAAGGAUUCAGCAUCCUACCCUAGUAACUUGGACAUCUCUUAUCGUGGCUCUUGUUCGAAAUGGUAGAGAAGAGUUGGCUUUGACAAAGUUUAGGGAGAUGAUUCGUGAUUCAGUUGUACCGAAUUCUUUCACUUUAUCUAGUGUUAUUCAGGCAUGCUCAAACCUUGCUAUGCUGGAUGAAGGGCAGCAAAUUCAUGCCACUGUCACAAAAUUUGGAUUGGAUAGACACAUAUAUGCUGGUGCUGCUCUCAUUAUCUUGUAUGGGAAAUGCGGAAAUACAGAGAUGGCAAGGUCAGUUUUUGAUGACUUGAUUGAAACUGAUUUGGUAUCCAUGAAUUCCAUGAUAUAUAGUUACGCGCAGAGUGGAUUUGGACAUCAAGCACUUAAACUCUUUGAUGGGAUGAAAGACUUGGGACUUGAACCAAACGAUGUAACAAUUUUGAGUGUUCUCUUGGCAUGCAAGAACUCAGGAAUGGUCCCACAAGGCUGCAAAAUUUUUUCUACCAUUAGGAAUAAUCACAUUAUUGAGUUGACAAGGGAUCACUAUGCUUGUAUGGUUGAAUUGCUGGGGCGUGCUGGGAGACUGGAAGAUGCUGAAAUAUUGAUAAAAGAAGUAAAAAAUCCAGAUUUAGUAGUAUGGAGGGCACUGUUAGGUGCAUGUAAGCUUCAUGGACAUGUUGAGAUGGCAGAAAGAGCUCUACGUAAAGUGCUUGAAUUCUCUGCAGGAGACGGAGGAUCUCGUGUCCUGUUAACAAAUCUUUAUGCUUCAACUGGCAAUUGGAAUCAAGUUAUUGAUAUGAAAAGUACAAUGAGGGAAAUGCAAUUCAAGAAGAACCCAGCAAUGAGUUGGGUUGAUGUUGACAGGGAGGUUCACAUUUUCAUGGCUGGAGAUUUGUCCCAUCCAAGAUCUGGAGAGAUAACUGAAACCUUAGAGAAAUUGUUUGAGGAGGUGCAAAUAUUGGGUUAUGUUCCUGACACAAGAUUUGUGUUACAGGAUUUGGACGAGGAUAAGAAGAAGAGGUCUUUGUACUAUCACAGCGAAAAGCUAGCCAUUGCCUUUGCUCUAUUAAGGAGUAGUAAAAAGAAUACCAUUAUCAGGAUUUUCAAGAACCUUAAAGUUUGUGGGGACUGUCAUUCCUGGAUAAAAUUUGUCACCAAAGUUACUGGGAGAGAGAUAAUUGCUCGAGAUGCCAAAAGAUUUCAUCAUUUUAAGGAUAGUUGUUGUUCCUGUGGAGACUAUUGGUGA